AUUGUCAUGGCAACCAGCACAACAAGGCUUUCGCAACACAGAUAUGAUUGGGACAAAUGUGAUAUGACCGUAACACAGAGAGUUUGGAAUCAAGGAUUACCAGCUGGGCAACUGCCCCGGAGCCCCAAAACUCCAGGGGUCCUGAAGGCUCCAGGUUAACUGUAUGUCAACUGACUAAUCCCAGCUCGUCUUUCAACACCGGUAGAGCAGUCCGGUUGGUAUCACCUCCAGUCUACCAGCGCAACAAGCCUGUCCACCGUGCGACUGACACGGUCUAUGUACACAGAAAAUGCUCGGAAAGUGACUCCACAGGACGGUAGGACUGUCCGGACAUCGGCACUGGAUUCUGUAGAGCUUUUCUGAUCAACAAACCCGAGUCUCCUGCGCCGUAACCGCAGCAUUAGGCCUCAUGGAGCUUGGGACUCGACGCCUGCUGUGCACCAGGGAGCUCGACCCAUGCCUGGUUCCCAGCCAACAACCAUAAAGGGUGGGAACCUUUACCCCACACACACACACACACCCCCACACACCCUUAAAUUGCCCCUGUGGUGAUAUUGUCCUCUCCCGUCUGUGGCCCACAACAUGAUUGGCAAGCUGAAACAGAACUUGCUGGUGGCCUGUCUGGUCAUCAGCUCGGUCACGGUCUUCUACCUGGGCCGCCAUGCCAUGGAGUGCCACCAUCGUAUUGAGGAGCGCAGCCAGCCAGGUGGGAUCCUGCCUCUGUCAGCAUUGGGAGGAAGCAUGCGGACCACCUUACGGACAGGCCAGAAUCUCAGCACGCCUUUCGUUUACAACAAAGACAUGCCGCUUAUCUUCAUUGGUGGAGUGCCCCGCAGUGGGACCACGCUAAUGCGAGCAAUGCUGGAUGCCCACCCCGAGGUGCGCUGUGGCGAAGAAACCCGCGUCAUCCCACGCAUCCUGGCCAUGAAGCAGAUGUGGAGCCGCUCAGGCCGGGAGAAGAUGCGCCUGGACGAGGCCGGUGUGACAGAUGAGGUGCUGGACGCCGCCAUGCAGGCCUUCCUCCUGGAAAUCAUUGUCAAACAUGGAGAGCCCGCCAACUUUCUCUGCAACAAGGACCCUUUUGCGCUGAAGUCGCUUUCCUACCUGGCCAAGAUCUUUCCCCGUGCCAAGUUUGUACUCAUGAUUCGUGAUGGCCGGGCUUCAGUCCACUCCAUGAUCUCACGGAAGGUGACCAUCGCUGGCUUCGACCUGAGCAGCUACCGUGACUGCCUGACCAAGUGGAAUCGGGCCAUAGAGACCAUGUACACUCAGUGCCUGGAGGCAUCAGACAAAUGCCUACCUGUGCACUACGAACAGUUGGUCCUUCAUCCUGAGAAAUGGAUGAGGACACUACUGAAAUUCCUUGACAUUCCUUGGAAUGAUGCUGUUCUUCACCAUGAGGAGCUCAUUGGGAAAGCUGGAGGAGUGUCCCUCUCCAAGGUGGAGAGGUCAACAGACCAGGUCAUCAAGCCUGUCAAUGUGGAGGCCUUGUCAAAGUGGGUGGGGAAGAUCCCAGCUGACGUGGUGAGGGACAUGGCCGUCAUCGCCCCCAUGCUGUCCAGACUGGGCUACGACCCCCAUGCCAACCCUCCCAACUAUGGCCGCCCUGACCCCAAAGUCCUGGACAACACCAGAAGGGUCUUUAAAGGUGAAUUUCAGCUACCAGAUUUCCUUAAAGAACAGUCACAGAUUCAGAAGUCUGCAGAGAGACCCAACACCAGCUAGGAGCAGAGGAAGUGCCAUCACCACAACACACAGAACAGGACUCUGUGCAGUGGAACAGGAAAUCAUGGACAAUGUCUCACCCAUCUCACCAUCUGUGUUUGGCCUUGGCACCUUUCAAAGGUCACAUGUCCACAGCAGGACAGUGUCCUCACCAGAGUCAGCCCGCAGGAGGAGGGGCUGCCUCUGACCACUCCUCGUCUACGGAGAACUCUUGGCCUUCGAUGUUGUACUGUACAAAAAAUAAUACUAAUACUUCUCACAACCACAGAAUGUCUGCUGAUUGUUAUUUUUCGUGUCACAUCACGCUCAUCGAUUUUUAGAAAUUAUUUCUGGCUAUUUAGAAAAAAACUGAUUCUGUUGUAAGAAAUUGCAGUGAACGGAAAUCGCAAGAAGUAUUUAUGAAUGGAAAAUUUGCUUUUGGAAGAUGCAAUACCUAUUUUAAUGUUACUUUUUUUUUUACAUGCCUUUGUAUUGUGCAGUGUCAUGGAUACUGAUCAGUUUGAAGUAUCAACCGUGAUAAACGAUGCUUUUUUAAA